CGAAAGCAUGAUCACGGCUGGUGUCGGCUGGACGUGCCGUCGGGUGAAGGCGGUGCGCUCGGUGGCGUUCACGACAGCCUCUCUGCGUGGGAAGGACCUCGUGGAUGCAGGACUAGCUUCGUGGGCCCGCGACAUUCUUCCUCGGGCGCGCGCCACCUUGCUCCAAAACGGCUAUGUCGUCAUGAACAAUGCUGUCGACCCCGCCUUGGCACGCGCCCUCAAAGCCGAAAUUGAAAGCCUACGCAGCGAGCUGUAUGCGAACUCGACCCACGUCUACGUUUCAGGCAAGAAGGACCCACUUCUUCUGGAAAAGGACCACAUCCAAGAGAUGGAGCUCCUCACAGUGCCUCCCUCCCACGAGCACUUGAAGCAAUGGUUUGACAACUCGACGAUUCGCAAGAACCUCAACGCGGCGAUUCCCACGCUCCAUGCUUCUCACCACAUGAUCAAGAUUCAAUUCAACGAAGGCGACGGUGGAUGCUUCCCCAUGCACUUUGACUCGUACGGCGACGAUGGCAAGUGCGUCACCGCCAUUUUGUACCUCAACGAAGACUGGGUACACGGCCAUGGUGGAGAGUUGGAGCUGUAUCCGUUUCCGUAUGCCCCCGUGACCAUCGCGCCUGUAUUCAAUCGACUCGUUCUGUUUUCAUCCACGCAAAUGCUGCAUCGGGUCUUGCCUGCGACGCACCCACGGUAUUGCUUGACUACGUGGUUGUACAAGUCCCCGCAGACAGCGCGUGCAACAGCUCCGUCACGUCCAGCCGACGAUGCCUUUGACCGCAUGGUACAGCAGCUCGCCGUCAGUCCGUUUCGACGGCACAUGGCCAAGCUUUACUACGCGAACGAGUGGAAACAGUCGCUCGUGGCAUCGCACAAGCCAACACAUGCAUUUCAAGCCUACCUGGACAGCUACCACCAAGACAUCGCGAUCAUUGAAGCUGCCACGUUGAAAAUGCUGUCAACGUUCGGCAAGGCGAAGGACGCAGACACAACGACGUUUCCAACGACAACAAAAGCGUUCCUGGACCGAUUGCAACGAAAUUACCAGCACCAGUCGCCCCGUAACCUGUUGUUCAUCCCGUGGUGGCAGUGACGUGUACAGGCGUCGUGCUUGUGGCGAACCAGUCGUCGAAACAAGUAUCGCUCUCUUUUGGUCGUUAACGACAUGCGCGACGACUGUCUUUGCAUGCCCUAGGUCGUUUUAAGCUCUUUGGCCAACUUGUAGCAAUGGAGCUCUUUCUCGAGGA